AUGCAAUACAAUCCACCAAACCCAACUAUCGAAGCUGAACUUUUCAGGGCUUUCGUGGAAGCCGGAGCAAUCUCAAAGGCUAAUUCUAACGAUCUGAAAAAAAAUGGAUUUAUGAGGGCAGCAAGAACUGAUAAAGGUGUUCAUGCUGGAGGGAACCUAAUCUCUUUAAAAUUGAUUAUUGAGGACCCACAAAUUAAGGAAAAGAUCAAUGAAAAAUUACCAGAAGGUAUUCGUAUCUGGGAUAUCGAGCGUGUUAAUAAGGCAUUUGAUUGUAGGAAGAUGUGCGGGUCUCGUUGGUACGAGUACUUGCUACCCACUUACUCGUUAAUCGGACCUAAACCUGGAAGUAUUUUAUACAAUAACAUCGAAGAUAGUAAAGUUGAAUGUCCUGGCGUGUUGGAUGAAGAUGUCGAGUCAAAGGAAUUUUGGGAGGCUUUUAACAAGGAAGCCCAUGAAAUUUUCACGGAUGAAGAGAUUGAUUCAAUAAAGUCCUAUGUUCCGCCACCAAGAGAAGAGUUUGAUGGUACUGAUGAUUUGUACUUGAAGGUCAGGAAGUUUAAACAGCUAGAAAAUAUACACAGAAGAAAGUUUAGAAUUUCCCAGGAUAAGUUGAAGAAAUUUGAUGCCACCAUGAAACAAUACCUAGGUGCUCAUAACUUUCACAAUUUUACGCUCGGUAAGGAUUUCAAGGAAUCAAGCGCUAUUAGAUUCAUGAAGGAAAUUAAGGUCUCUGAGCCAUUUGUCAUCGGUGACGCCAAGACUGAAUGGAUAUCCAUCAAGAUUCACGGACAGUCCUUUAUGCUGCAUCAGAUUCGUAAGAUGAUUUCCAUGGCAACUUUGAUCACUAGAUGCGGGUGUCCAAUCGAACGUAUAUCGCAAGCGUAUGGCCAACAAAAACUCAACAUCCCCAAGGCUCCUGCUCUGGGUUUACUUCUAGAGGCACCAGUUUUUGAAGGUUACAAUACAAGGCUUGAAAAAUUUGGUUACAAACCAAUUGAGUUCUCUAAGCACCAAGCCGAGAUCGACGCUUUUAAGAUGAAGCACAUUUACGACAAAAUCUACAAAGAAGAAGUUGAUGAGAACGUUUUCAACGCAUUCUUUAGCUAUAUUGAUAAUUUCGAUAAAGUAACAGGAGCUCAUGGCUCUGAAACUGCAGAGAAAUCCGGUAAUGAUGUUCAAAGAAGCGUGUUCGAAUUUUUAACAGCCAGAGGUAUCCCCGAAAUGGUCUCUGAACAAGUAAAACAACCUAAGGAGAAAAAAAAUGCUGAAAACAAACAGACCGAAUCUCAGGAAUAG